AUGAGGCCCUCGGGAGCUUGGGGCGCCACGCCCUCCGCCUGGUCCGUCCUCCUCCUUCUGGCUACCCUCCUCUGCACGGCUACCACUGUAUUCGCCAAGGACGAGCCGACCAUUGCCUUCACCGAGUUCGAGAACCCCCCGAACAACCUGAAUUAUUUCAAAGACUCCAAUAUCGUCUUGUUCCAAGAGUCAUACGGCCGCACCAUCUGGCGUUCCACCGAUGCCGGCGCCACAUGGUCCAAAGUCGACGGCAUCGAGCACGACAAGGCCGUCGCUCUGGUCAUGCACGAGUUCGAUAAGGAACGCGCCUACAUCCUGACCCUCGGCAACCUCCACUGGAGGACCCACGAUAGCGGCAAGACCUGGGAGGAAUUCUUCACCUAUGCGUACUUGAGCGAUUUCGCCGAAACCGUUGGCCGGUGGCUGGUCUUCCACGCCGACGACAAAGACAAGAUCCUCUUCAACGGCAUGGAGUGUGAGGGCUUUUUCUGCGAGGAACUCGUCAUGUAUACCAAAGACGGCUUCAGUACCGAGGCCGCCUUCCUCAGAGGUCGUACACAGGGCUGCUGGUGGGCCAAGUCGUCCGACAUCUUCACUACAGGCCAGCAUGAUCUCAAUGCCGACAGGAUCCUGUGCAUUAUCAGAGAGAGCCUAUUUGCCCCUCAGGAGGACAAUCGUCUCUUCAUCUCCGACAACUACUUCGAAGCCCUCGGCUCUGGCGGUGUAUCCGACGGUGUGAUCCAAGAGAAGGAGGCCAACCUGAACGGCAAUGGCCCCGUCCGCGGCAUUGUCAGCCUCGUCGAGGUCAAGAAAUACCUAUUGGCAGCAACCACCUCCCAAAACUCACUCGAGAUGGCCUUGUUCGUCACUGACGACACCGAGACGUGGCACCGCGCCAUAUUCCCCCACGACCACCCGCUUCUCGAAGCCGCCUACACCGUCCUAGAAAGCACCAACUACAGUAUUCAGAUCGACGUCCGCACGAGCCGGCGCAUGUCGCAACCCAUGGGUACCUUGCUCACCAGUAACUCCAACGGAACCUACUUCACGAGGAACAUGGAACAUACGAACCGCAAUUUCGCCGCCUAUGUCGACUUCGAAAAGGUGUCGGGCAUUCAGGGCAUCUUUCUGGUCAACCAGGUCGACAACUGGGAGGCCGUCGAGGAGGACGAGGCUGAGAAGAAGGUCAAAACACUGAUCACCUUCGACGACGGCAGGACCUUUGAACCCGUCACCGUGGGCGACGACCGGAUCCACCUCCACUCUGUUACCGAACUCGACAAUGUUGGACCUGUCUUCUCCAGCCCUGCCCCUGGUCUCGUUAUGGGCAACGGCAACCCCGGUGGUCAUCUCGAACCCUACGGAGCCUCCAAUCUCUACGUCUCAGACGACGCGGGAAGAACAUGGAAACAAGGUCCCAACGGUCCGCACAAAUACGAGUUUGGAGACCAAGGAUCCAUUCUUCUGGCUGUCGAGGAAGGUGAUGAUGUUUACGACAUCAAAUACUCACUGGAUCAUGGACAGACAUGGAACUCUACGGCGCUACCAAAGGAGAUCGGCACCAUAUCGCCUUGGGCGUUGACGACGACACAAGAUUCAACCAGUCUGAGGUUCUUGCUUACUGCCCGAAAGGGACCCAAGGAAUCGUCCAGUGGUUAUUAUAUCAUCUCGAUCGACUUCGAAGGCAUGCACGAAGACAAGUGCACCGAGGACGACAUGGAGGACUGGUGGGCACGAGUGGACGACGAUGGGAAGCCGACUUGCGUCAUGGGCCAUACCCAGAAGUAUCACAGGCGUAAGAAGACUGCAAAGUGCUUUGUCAAGGAGGAGUUCAGAGAUCCGGUCCCGGUAUCCCCACCUUGCGACUGUACCGAUGCCGACUUUGAGUGCGAUUUCAAUUUCGUGCGAGAUGGCGACGAAUGCAAGCCGGUGGGUCCUAUUCUGGUUCCCGAUGACACUUGCAAGGACGGAGAUCCCGAAAAGACAUUCAAGGGAUCAGGCGGCUGGCGACUCAUCCCUGGCAACCAGUGUAAGCGCACCAGUGGCGAGCAGAAGGAUAAGCAAAAGGAGUGGAAGUGUUCGGACGCCAAGAUGCCCCCGACCAAGGGCAAUGGUGAGAUCGAGGUCCAGAAGAUGGUCUUCCCGGGCGAUUAUGACGUUUUCGAGAAGCACUAUCUGGAGCGUGGCGACUUCAAUUCACAAGACGACGAGACUAUCAUUGCUAGACCGUACAAAGCCAUCGGCCAGUAUGCCGGUGAUGUCUUCGUCACACACAACCACGGCAAGAACUGGACGACGCCCAAGGCGCUCAAAGGCGAAAGCAUCUACGAGAUCAUCAGCCAUCCAUAUGUCAAAGAUACGGCCUUCUUCCUAACCAUGGGAGAAAAGGUAUACUAUACCACGGAUCGAGCCCGAACCAUCGACUCGUUCAAGCUACAGAUCCAGGUGGACACUUCGCAAGUUGGUCUACCACUCGCGUUCCAUCCGGACAGGCCAGAAUGGCUCAUCUGGCAUGGAAAGCAUUGUCCAGACAGUGGCAAAUGCUAUCGGGAGGCGCAGAUCUCAUUUGACCGCGGUGACAACUGGCAGACCCUGAGGCGGCACGUGGACAGCUGCCAAUUCACGGGCUCGUCGGCCUAUAAGUUCCGCAACGCAACACAAAUUGUGUGCUCAGCGAGGGAGCAUGGAGACAAUGACGACGCCGACAACCCGCUCCAGCUGUUGUACACUGAUGAAUUCCCGAAAUACCCAUGGGCAGUGGCCUUGGAGAACGUCCUACGGUUUGCGACAAUGGCCGAGUUCAUCGUAGUAGCCACGGAAAACCAGACCGAGGGAACUCUGAACGCGCUUGCCAGUGUCGACGGUAGAGAUUACGCGGCUGCCCACUUCCCCUACAACUUCGAGGUUCCGCACAAGAAUGCCUACACCGUUCUGGACAGCUCAACCCACGCGGUCAACCUGUUCGUCGCGACAGGGACAGAGCAGGACCGGCAACACGGGGCCAUUCUCAAGAGUAAUUCAAACGGUACCUCGUACGUCAUGAGCGUUCAGGGCGUCAACUGCGACAGUUCCUACUACGUGGACUUUGAGAAGAUGCUUGGCUUGGAGGGUGUGGUCCUCGUGAACACGGUCGCCAAUCUUGACAGUGCCUCGGAGCCCAAGAAACUCCAGACCAGAAUCAGUCACAACGACGGUGCGAACUGGGCAUUCUUGCCGCCCCCUGCGCAAGAUGCGAACAAGAAGGGGUACUCGUGCUCUAGCAAAGCGGGCGACGAGGCGUGUGCCCUCCAUCUUCACGGAUACACGGAGCGAGUGGACCACAGGAAGACAUACUCUUCCGAGUCGGCCGUGGGCCUGAUGUUCGGCAUCGGAAAUGUUGGUCCCGUGCUCGGUGACGCCAAGGACGCCGACACGUUUAUGACAACCGACGCCGGCGUGCACUGGAAAGAGGUGAAGAAGGGCAGCUGGGCGUGGUCUUUUGGUGACCAGGGUUCCAUUGUGGUCCUCGCGCAGAGAAACGUUGGAACCAAGUCGAUCUCGUACUCUCUCGACUACGGCGACACGUGGGAGGACAAGGUCUUCUCGGAGGACGCCGUUGUCAUCACCGACAUCACAACCCUACGGUCUGGCUCGUCGAGGAACUUCAUCCUCUGGGGUCACAAGGGAGACGAACUGUUCACGGUCAAUCUCGACUUCUCGGGAUUGGCGGACAGGCCUUGCGAGCACGACGAGGCCGAUGCCAGCAAGUCGGAUUACGAGACAUGGACGCCAGCGCAUCCAUCACAUCCCAAUGAAUGUCUGUUUGGUCAUAAGAACAAAUACUUGCGGAAGAAGAGCGACCGGUCGUGCUACAACGACCAGAAGCUGCAGCAUGUGUACAGCGUUGAGAACUGCGAGUGCACCCAACAGGAUUACGAAUGUGAUUACAACUACGAAAUGGACAACCACGGGUACUGUAAGCUCGUCAAUGGUCUCGAGCCGCUGGAUCCCGAGCGCAUCUGCCGCGAGGACCCCGAUGCAACGGAAUACUACGAGCCGAGCGGCUUCCGUCGAAUUCCCCUGACGACGUGUGCGGGUGGCGUCGAAGCCGACAAGAUCAACCCGCCACACCCUUGUCCAGGGCACGAGGACGAGUUCGAAAAGAAGCACAGCGCAUCCGGGGUGGCCAUCUUCUUCGCGGUUGUGAUCCCCGUGGCGCUCGCGUCACUCGUGGGCUGGUGGGUUUAUCGCAACUGGAGCAGCAACUUCGGGCAGAUCCGGCUGGGCGAACAGGGCAGCUUCGACCACGACUCGCCCCUGGUCAAGUACACCAUCGUGGCUGUGUCGGCUGUCGUUGCCGUCGUUGGGGCGCUGCCCCUCCUGGCCGGCAGCCUCUGGCGGAGUGUCAGCUCUCUGUUCGGGCGUGGCGAUAGUGGUGGUAGUAGUUACAGCUGGCUGCGUGGGGGCAGCCAGCGGAGGUUCACGACAAGAGACAGCUUCGCCCGUGGGAGAGGAGACUACGCUAUCGCGGAUGAAGACGAGGGCGAGCUUCUCGGGGAUGACAGUGACGAGGAGGUGUAA